AUGGAUCCCGGCGCUCCCCCCGCGGAGCCCCGCUGUGCCCUCGGGCCCCGGGGACCCCUCGAGCCCGUCCCGGCCGCGCUCUGCGCCCUCGGGGCGCUCCUGGGCCUCGGCUGCGGCUGCUUCGGCUACCGCUGCUUCAGGGCCGUCAUGUUCCUCUCGGGGCUGUUCUUCGGCUCCGCCGUCAUCUUCCUCCUGUGCCACCGGGAGCGCGUCCUGGGGUCCCCCCUGAGCCUGGAGGCGAGCGCGGGCAUCGCGCUGGGCAUCGGGCUGCUCUGCGGGCUCCUCACGGCGCUGCUGCGCAGCGUGGGGCUCUUCACCACGGGGCUGCUGCUGGGGCUGCUGGUGGCCGCGGCCGCGCUGGCCGCGCUGGCCCCGGCGGAGCCCCCGGGCAGCCCCUGGGUGGGCGCGGGGGUGGCGCUGGGGCUGGCGCUGCUCGGGGCUCUCUCCGCGCUGCGCUGGCCCCGCGCCCUCACCGUGCUGGGCACGGGCGUGGGGGGCGCGGCCGCCCUGGUGGUCUGCGCCGAUUAUUUCGCCGAGGGGGCGGCGCUGGUGGGGUUCGCGCUGGCCCGGCUGCGGGGGGCGCCGGGGGGGCCGCUCUGCUGGCCCGGGUGGGCGCUGCUCGGAGCGUGGCCCGCGCUCAGUGUCACCGCGGUGCUGCUGCAGUGGAAGGUGACGGCCGGAGGGGCACCGAGGGGACACGCCCUCAGCCGGCGGCAGAAGCGCCUCCGGCACAAGGAGCCCAAAGCCCCCCCCGGGGGUCCCCCUCGCCGCCAGCCGCCCCCACCCCAGCGCUGCACGGACACCCCGAGCCCCGGGGACCCCCGAGACCCCCCGAGCACCGCCUGGAGCCUGCGGGACCGGCAGCCGGACAGCGGGACCCCGCCGGGACCCCCCGACUUCACCACCCCGCCCCGACACCGCCUCUGA